UCUGACGUUACAGCGGGGGAAAGCCCUGCGCUUCGCAAGCUCGACUCCAUGGUCCAACCAUGGGUUAUUCCUCGUGCAGUCCAAGGUUCGAGAAAUGAUGUUGACGAUAUCGACAGUUUGGACCACGACCACAGCACGACGAUUUAAACAUAAAAGCCAUCAUGGCCCGCUUGACUCGGAGCGCAUCCCCUCUCAAGCACUGGACUACAUUCCAAUAAGCAAGAAGCAAGACUCCAAUUCAAUCUUUUGAGCUCUCCUCAAUGUCAUCCUCAACUGAGUUCUUCCGCAUCCCCGCGGCGGUCAUUCGUCGCACCGCGCCUCGUCUCAGUUCCACCCUCGCUCCCCUGGCCAAUAGACCUGCCAUCCCAGGGAAGCUGGCCGCCAUCUCGCGUGGGAAACUCCAGCGCGAAACCGAGUCUCAAACCCCAGACCUCCGCCGGUGUCUGGGUCAUCACCACAUCUUCCGUCGCUGUGUCGCAGCUGAAGAAGAAGACAACGCACGAUACCGUCGCGAAACCUACUUUGACGACGAUGACCUGGACGGGGAAUAUCACCACCACUCCACAAACCGCCGCCAUAAUUCCGAAUCCACCCCGAUCCGAACUCAGAUCACCAAGGCUGUCAAGGCCAUGGUGCGACGUCGCGAUGCCGAGAAUAAUGCAGUGCCCGACAACGGGCUAGUGCGCAUGGCCUCUUCACGCGCCUCCGAGAAGCAGCGACUCUCGAUUAAACACAGUCGCCAUCAUCUAUCCCUGUUCGGUUUGCGACGACUGAUUGCAUCUCAAGCGACAACCGUUCCGCUGCCGCAAGUGCAUGUUGCGGCAUAAUCCUAUUGCAGGACAUGUGGUCUUGACAACGAUGGACUGCGCAGCGACAUCGUUUCUCUUUUCUUUUUUCUAUUUGAAGCGCAGCGAUUCUGGAACGAUUCAUGAAAUAAUGAGUAUGAUGCUAUGUUUUGUGAUUUAUAGCUAUA